UUUUAAUAACAGAAUGGAAAUGGUCGACGUCAGCAUGAACCGGCUGUUUUUUUAAAUUGAAGGAGAUACCUAUCUGGUAAACGAUCCUCGAGUCCGCGACUUUUUGGAGAGCUAUACAUACCGGCAAAAUCGUUAUUUCUGACAAGCGAGUCGGGGGAUUCGACGGAACGAGGUUAUAACUGGGCGAAUCUUGCGAGAUCUGAAUUGCCCGAAGACAACAACUUGCCAGGAUGGCGCACGUAGGCCAGUACAUUCUGAGCAGUCUGAAAAAUGGAAUUCAAAAGGUGGUGCUCAACAAACCCGCCAAGAAGAACGCACUUUCGCCCCAGAUGUACAAGGAAUUAACGGCGCUCUUGAACGAAUCCGCUGAAAACGACCAGGUAUUGUUAUUCGCGCUGACGGCAAACGGCGAUUUUUUUAGCAGUGGCAACGACUUGAGUGCCACAAUGGGAGACGCUAGUCUGACUUCUGCCCGGGCUAUAAUUAAGGAAUUCAUCGACGCUAUAAUUAUGUACCCAAAGCUGUUAGUGGCUGUUGUAAAUGGGCCAGCAAUAGGAAUAGCGACUACAAUAUUAGGAAUUUUUGACAUAGUUUAUGCCUCGGAUAAGGCGUAUUUUCACACACCGUUCAGCUCCUUGGGUCUUGUCGCCGAAGGAUGUUCUUCGUAUACAUUCCCGAUAUUACUGGGACAUUCUAAGGCCGGAGAUGUGCUAUAUUUAGGAUAUAAGCUGACCGCUCAGGAGGCUAAUCAACAUGGCUUGGUCAGCAAAGUGUACCAUCACGACUCUCUUGAGGAAGUAUGGAAUUACUUGAACAUGAUAUCUACACUUUCCUCACAGUCAAUAUUGGCGACUAAGCGUUUGAUGAGUAGAUGGAAAAGAGAGAUACUAUUAAAAGUUAAUGAGGAAGAAAUGAAAGAGCUGAAAACGCUAUUUGAGUCUCCCGAGAUGUAUGAGAGGAUUGCAAGUUUCUUGUCGCGAAAAAAUAAGCUUUAAAGUACAUAAAAUAUUUUGCUCCUUAAAUAUUGGAUUUAAUACCUUGGAAUGUAUACACAAUGGUUUAUAAAAUAUAUAGUUUUAUAACAGUUA